AUGGCGGACGACGAGGGUGCCUCUCCCCGCGAGCUUGUCGUUGAAGCAUGCCGUCGCGACCAACCACAUCUCAUCGAACAAGUUCUACACGACAUGGAAAAUCAAUCCAACGAAGACGUGGCAAAAUUCUUCAACGAAGUCACGGACAGUAUGGGCAACCACGCCUUACAUAUCUGCGCAACCUACGGCAGCUACGACGUGAUGGAUGCCCUCUUUGAUAUUCAGUUCUUCGAGUGUGAUCCCCUGACCCGCGUCGAUAAGGACACGCCUCUUCACACAGCCGUUCGAUACGCCAAUGAGAAGGACCCCGAGUUGGGUGCCGAGAUGAUCGCCAUGAUGUGCGAGGCCGGCUGCGACCCGCGGGUUCGCAACAAACACGGUCAGAAGCCUGCCGACCUAGUUUAUAAUAAUGCGGCAAUCAAGCAAACGCUUGCGUCUGCGGAGUAUAUUUUGGCGGAAGGCAUUCAAAACAACGAUGGCAAUGGAUCGGAUGGUGGAAGCGCGAGCGACAGUGAUUGA